AUGUCCCAUGGAAUGUUGAAAUUGUUUGCUGCUGCCGCGUUUGUUGUCUUUAUUAUCAUUCUGUUGUUAUUUUCCGUUUUACCGAAUUCGACAGAAGCAGUUGAUGGCGAAAAUCACAUAGAAUGGAGUUAUUCAAUAGUAAUAGAUGCCGGUUCCACAGGAUCCCGUCUUUUUCUCUAUAAGUACCGCUCUAUAGAUGAUCGGGAAUUGAUCGAUGUAAAACCAGUUCUGGAUAAAUUGUCGUUACGCCCUGUUGUGAAAAAAAUCACUCCCGGAUUGUCUUCGUUUCGGGAUAAACCUGAGGAUGCUUCUGAGUAUAUUAAGCCUCUUCUGGAUUAUGCAGUUGCGUUUAUUCCACUAAAUAAGCAUUCGUAUACAACCCUCUUCAUAUUCGCAACAGCUGGAAUGCGUUUACUUCCCAUAGAAGAACAAAACAAGCUUUUGCGAAAUCUACACCAAAAUCUGCCUUUUCAAACAAGCGUGCAAAUCAUUCCAGAUUAUAUUAAGGUUAUCGAAGGAAAAUGGGAAGGGAUUUAUUCAUGGAUUGCUAUAAAUUAUAUUCUUGGCCGGUUUACUCGUAAUAGAACAGAAUUUUCGCGACAGCCUACGGUGGGUAUAAUAGAUAUGGGUGGCGCAUCGGUACAAAUUGCGGUUGAGUUAAAUUUAACAAAUUUCAAUAAUGAAUCUGUGGAAAACAUCAACUUGGGCUGCAAGGAUAAUGAGCAGACAUACAGCUACCGACUCUUUGUGACAACAUUUCUCGGUUAUGGCGUGAAUGAGGCUCUUCGAAGAUAUGAACAGAAAUUAUACGACGAUCUAGUCAUAGAAAAUACUAACAAAUCUUAUAUACGAGAUCCUUGUUUGCCAGUCAAUUUAUUGAAAACGGUGAAAAGUAAAGAUGGUUCACAAUUUAUUCGAAAGGGUGUUGGAGAUUGGGACACUUGUAUAAAGAAUGUAACGUCUUUAUUAAUGGCAACAGUGGUAAAUUCGAAUUGUUACACAGAAAAGUGCUUGUUUGGGCUAGUUCGUUCCCCUCCGAUUUCUCUAUCAGAAAUUGAACUAUAUGGCUUCAGUGAGUAUUGGUUUUCGCUGGAAAAUGUCUUAUCCGUGGGAGGGAAUUAUGAUUUCAGUAAAACGGCAUCGAGAGCACGUCAGUUUUGUCAUAUGAAAUGGUCGACAAUACAGAUGCAAUAUCGGAAUAAUGUCUAUCCGAAGGCGGAUGAAGAUCGACUACGAUCACAGUGUUUUAAAUCAGCUUGGAUAACAGCUGUUCUUCAUGAAGGUUUUUCCGUUAGUAAAACCCACAAUCGCUUUCAAUCUGCUUUUAAUGUCAAUGGGCAAGAAGCUCACUGGGCGUUGGGAGCCCUAUUAUAUCAUAUAAGAUACUUUCCACUUUGUGAAACUGUACUGUGUAAGCCGCAACAUCCGGAUUACCGAACAGUUAGUAAGCGAAUCCUUAUAUUUUGGAUUACAUCGCUUAUUUUAUUUGUUGUUAUUGUAUUGUGGGUGUUAUAUAAAGCCGGUAAAAAGCGAUAUUUGUGGCGUGUUAUAUAA